UUUGAGAUAGGCAGUGGUCUCCAUAGCUAUUGAUAGAGUUGCGUCCUUCCGCCCAUGACUUUAGCCACUGCUAUAACACAACAUCGGGAAUGCUUGAAUCAAAUUCACUCAUUUGGGAUUGAGAGCCACUAUCGAAUACUGCAAUAUAGCCAUCAGGGAUUUUAACACGUGAGUUCUCGGAGGCAAAUACAGAACUAAAUGACAUUAGUUCCGCUACAGGGGCACAAUGCCUAUGGGAUCGUAUGGGGGCGUAUUCUACUCGGAUGGAUCAUCUGCUUUGCGCUUUUGCCGACCAUCAAUUCCGGUGUAAGUACAAGAGAGUCCUUGAUGUACACACUAGUCGCCUUUGGUGGCAUCGUUAUUCUCAACACAUUUUAUCUUACAUGCAUAACAGGAGUCGCAGGCCUUUCGUGGACGCCCUUUCGGGUCACCCCGAAAUGUAGAAGUCAUAUGCCGUGCGAAAAAGCAGUCGAAGUAUACAGCGUGGAGAAGGGUUCCGAGAUGUUAUGCUUCCUGUUUCCGCCGGAAGAUGGAUCCACGGAACGGUCAGAGCGUUUGGCUUGAUGAAUUAGUCCCCACAAAGAAAUCUUAGGUUCGAUGAGUUUCGUUUAUGAAUUGCUAAUUCUCCACCCGUCGAUGUAGGCGCGCCCUAGCAUGCAUGCCGAGUUUCAACAAGUUCUCUAUGGGCCCUGAAUGGCGUCUGGAGUGCCUGGCAGGCUAUUCCUCAUCGGCCUGAGACAGCCAAGAGUGGGAACAUGGGAUUUAUUAAACUGGGAUGCCUGAGACAGGGAGAUUUGCAGAGCUAUCUGAAUUGAGUAUUCCGGAGCAUUGUUGCGUCUUUU